AUGAGUGCUCCUCGCUCGGCUUUCCGCCCUGCUCCUCUCCGCUCCUCCACCAUGGCGUCGCGUACUCCCUGCUCUCCGCUCAAAGUGGCCGCCUCUCCAUCGCUGCUGCUGCCGCUCCAAACACACCACACACUCCGCCAUUUUGUGAGCGAGACACUAACGGCAGCAGCCAGCGACGGGAGACCGGGGCACAGGGGCCGAGGUGAGCGUGCAAUCGUCAGUAUUUUUGGCUCCAGCACAAUGACGCCCUCUUCAGAAGUGUGA